UUUAGGCCGCGAUACGCACUUCCUUUUUACCGUGGCCGCCAUAGAGAGAGGAGCGUGGUCCCGGCGAGCCCAAAGACUACAAUCUAAAAAUGGCCUGUGCUCGACCCCUGAUCUCGGUUUAUUCCGAGAAAGGAGAGUCUUCUGGAAAAAAUGUUGUGAUGCCUGCUGUGUUCAAGGCACCCAUCCGCCCUGAUGUGGUGAAUUUUGUGCAUACCAACAUGCGCAAAAAUAGUCGCCAGCCCUAUGCCGUCAGCGAGUUGGCAGGUCACCAGACCAGUGCAGAAUCCUGGGGAACAGGACGAGCUGUGGCCCGUAUCCCUCGGGUGAGAGGAGGUGGUACUCACCGCUCUGGGCAGGGAGCCUUUGGAAAUAUGUGUCGUGGUGGACGCAUGUUUGCUCCCACCAAAACCUGGCGCCGCUGGCACCGCAGAAUCAAUACCACCCAGAAGCGUUACGCCAUCUGCUCCGCCCUGGCCGCCUCUGCCAUCCCAGCACUUGUCAUGUCUAAAGGACAUCGUAUUGAGGAGAUCCCAGAAGUUCCUCUGGUGGUCGAUGACAAAGUUGAAAGUUACAAAAAGACCAAGGAGGCUGUGUUGCUCCUGAAGAAACUCAAGGCCUGGAAUGAUAUCAAAAAGGUGUAUGCCUCCCAGCGCAUGCGUGCCGGUAAAGGCAAGAUGAGGAAUCGCAGACGUAUCCAGCGCAGAGGCCCCUGCAUCAUCUACAACCAGGAUGCCGGAGUCACAAAAGCCUUCAGAAAUAUUCCAGGCAUCACUCUGCAGAACGUGAACAAACUGAACCUCCUGAGGAUCGCUCCCGGAGGUCAUGUCGGCCGCUUCUGCAUCUGGACCGAGAGUGCCUUCCGCAAACUGGAUGAACUCUACGGCACAUGGCGCAAGCCCUCGUCCCUCAAGGUCGAUUACAACCUGCCAAUGCACAAGAUGACCAACACUGACCUGAGCAGGAUUCUUAAGAGUGAGGAGAUCCAGAAGGCCCUUCGUGCACCAAACAAGAAGAUCAGUCGCAGAGUCUUGAAGAAGAAUCCUCUCAAGAACCUGAGGAUAAUGCUCAAACUGAACCCAUACGCCAAGACGGCCAGACGUCACGCCAUUCUGCAGCACGACCCUGCGAUUAAGGCAAAGAUGUUGAAGCCCAAGAAGAAGAGGGUCCUGAGGAAGAUUCCAGCCAAACCCAAGGCAUAAAUCUACAGAGGUUCAGAGACUUAAUAAAGAGGUUUCACUUUCA